CAGCCUCCCCGCGGGGCUCGGGGGUGCCCCCCUCUCCGGUACCCCCCCUCGGCUGGGGACACCCCUGGGCCGGGGUCGCCCUGCAGCAUCCCCGUAGGCUCCUGCCCCGGCGGCCUCUCCCCCCCCCCGCCCCCGGGGGGCUCCCCGCAGCCGCCGCGCCGGCCCCCGCCCUUCCGCCGGGCCGGGGAGGCGGAGCCGGGGCGGGCGGCGGCGGCGCGGAGCAGGUGGGGGCCGGGGCUGGGGCCGCUGGCGGAGCCGCGCGGUGCCCCCGGCCGCGCCCGCGCAGGUCUCCGGGCAGGGUCUCGCCGCUGUGCACCCCUCACCCUGCCGGAGGGCAGGGCCUGCUGCCUCCAGGAUGGCGAGAUGGCUGCCUCGCUCUGCCGACCUGACCCGCUUCUGCCAGAAACUCAACCGGGUGAAGACCCUGGAGGAUGACAUGAUGGAGACGUCCUUCAACAGAUGCCUUUCCACCAUCGACUUGACGCUGCUGGGCAUCGGGGGCAUGGUGGGCUCCGGGCUGUACGUCCUCACGGGCACCGUGGCCAAGGAGAUCGCCGGCCCCGCUGUCAUCGUCUCCUUCAUCAUUGCUGGCUUUGCCUCACUCCUGGCUGCCCUCUGCUAUGCCGAGUUCGGAGCCCGGGUCCCCAAGACGGGCUCUGCCUACAUGUUCACCUACGUGUCUGUGGGUGAGAUCUGGGCCUUCCUCAUCGGCUGGAACGUGCUGCUGGAGUACAUGAUCGGGGGAGCCGCGGUGGCCAGGGCCUGGAGCGGCUACCUGGACUCCAUCUUCAACCACAAGAUAAAGAACUUCACCGAGACCCAUGUGGGCACCUGGCAGGUGCCAUUCCUGGCCCGCUACCCCGACUUUCUGGCAGCUGCCAUCCUGCUGGUAGCCACCGCCUUCAUCUCCUUCGGGGCCAAAGUGUCCUCCUGGCUCAACCACGUCUUCUCGGCCAUCAGCAUGGGUGUCAUCCUCUUCAUUCUCAUCAUGGGCUUCGUCCUCGCGCAGCCCAAGAACUGGAGUGCCCAGGAGGGUGGCUUCGCCCCGUACGGGCUGUCAGGCGUCAUGGCCGGCACGGCCACCUGCUUCUACGCCUUCGUGGGCUUCGAUGUCAUCGCGGCCUCCAGCGAAGAGGCCAGGAACCCGCAGCGGGCUGUUCCCAGGGCCAUCGCUUUCUCCUUGGGGCUGGCUACCGGGGCCUACAUCCUGGUGUCAGUGGUGCUGACGCUGAUGGUGCCCUGGCACACGCUGGACCCUGACUCCGCCCUGGCAGAUGCGUUUUACAGGAGGGGCUACGCCUGGGCAGGGUUCCUGGUGGCCGCUGGCUCCAUCUGUGCAAUGAACACGGUCCUGCUGAGCAACCUCUUCUCCCUGCCGCGCAUCGUCUACGCCAUGGCCGAGGAUGGGCUCUUCUUCCAGGUCUUCUCCCGAGUGCAUCCCCGCACGCAGGUGCCUGUUGUCGGCAUCGUGGUCUUCGGGCUGCUCAUGGCCCUGUUGGCCCUUGUCUUCGACCUGGAGGCCCUGGUACAGUUCCUGUCCAUCGGCACGCUGCUGGCCUACACCUUCGUGGCCGCGAGCAUCAUCGUCCUGCGCUUCCAGCAGCAGAAGGUGGAUGCCCCUGCGCCGGUGGCUGGUGGCCGGCCCAGCCCUGAGCCCCGUGAGGGUCCAUCUGCCGGCGAGCUGAAGGAGUACGAGUCCUUCUCUGACAAGCUCCAGCUGGUGGACAGGGACAAGAGCAAAGAGCACCGGGAGCCAGGGCAGCUGAAGGCAGCUUUCGAGCCCUACCUGGAGUUCCUCAGCGACUUCUACCCGGGCGAGGUGGUCACAGUGGCCGUGGUGACCCUGAUGGUGUCCGCCAUCUGCCUCUGUUCCAUCUUGGUGUUUGGCAGCACCCACCUCCACCUGCCCACCUGGAGCUACUCCCUGCUGCUGGUCCUCUUCAGCCUGGGCUUCCUGCUCAGCCUCCUCCUCAUCUCGGCGCACGAGCAGCAGCGUGGCACGCAGACCUUCCAGAUACCCCUGGUACCCCUCUCCCCAGCACUGAGUAUCAUCCUCAAUAUCUAUCUGAUGCUGAAGCUCAGCUACAUGACGUGGCUUCGCUUCGCCGUCUGGCUGCUCUUAGGCCUGCUCGUGUACUUCGGUUACGGCAUCUGGCACAGCAAGGAGAACCUGCGGGAGCCCAGGCCGCAGCGCGUCAGUGCCCGCUACGUGGUGUUCCCCAGCGGCAGCCUGGAGGAGAGGGUGCAGGCAGUCCAGCCCAGCUCCCAGCCCGCUGCCGGGCUGCCGGACACCGACACUGAAGACUGCAAGAGAUGACACCGCAGGGGACAGGGGCACCUGGCGAUGGGAGCACCUCAUCUCUCCCCACGGCGAGGCCAGAGACCCCCCCUCCUCCUCCCGGUCCCUUCAGCAGCGGAGCUGCCAGGGCUGCCCGGGGCUUGCGGCUCCAUCCGGAGAUGUCGAGGGUGCUCGCCCUUCCCCACCAGCUCCCUGCAGAGUGGGUGUGGGGGUGGCUGGCUCCCUCCCUCCCCAUCCCCAGCUCUCAGGAACCGGGUCUCAGCCCCCCAGCCCCCUGCCUGCCCUGCCCACGAGGAGCCGCGUCCUCGCCACCUUCCCCUGAGCACACCCAGGUGCCGCGCAGCAAAUCUCCUUUCUGCUGGCCCGUCCACGCAGCCGGGGAUGCAGAGGGGUGCAGAGGGUCCCCAGAGAGCGGGGCAGGCAGCCCAGCACUGCCCGUCCUGGGCCUCAUCCUGGCUGCAGCCCUGCGGAGCCCCCCGCCUCCUGCUGAGCCCGCCUGCGGGAGGAGGCAGGGGCCAAAUGCGCUUCCCCACCGGCAUCCCUGUCCCCAGGGCCGCUCCCCUACAAGGCUGGGACUGAGGCGGGGGUGAGGACCAGGUGGGGACAUGAGAUGGAGAAAGGAUGUGGCCCGGGGGUCACCCGGCUGGGCAGGGACCCCAGGAAAGCCAGCGCAGGCUGGCACGGCAGGAGCCCAACUUCAGGGUGGGCUGGGGGCCACGCUGGAAGGUCCUGCCGCGCUCCUGCCAGGGCCUGGCGCUUGCCCCAGCCCCGUGCCGGGUGCAGGUGCUCAGGACCCCAGAUUUGUUGCCUUGUCCCUGGAGGUCCCAGCAGCCUCCCUGGGCUGGGCUGCCUGGAGCGAGCCCCUCUUCCCCUGCACCCCAGGGGCACAGCCUGCACUGCCGCCCCCCCGGCAUGGGGGGCUCAGCCCCCCGUGAUGCCCCUCCUGGGCUCUCAGUGGCUCGGGAUGGGCCCUGCAGGUUCUUUUCGGUGUUGUCCCUUCCCCAGCAAGCAUCCCUGUGCUCCGGGGCUCACCCCAGCUGCCGUGGUGUCCCGGGGGGGGGGUCCCCAGCAGCACUGCCACGGCCACCCCUGGCUGCUUUGCCCAUGGGCAGCCUAAAGUGGAAGGGAAGGGAGUUUAGCACGUUUUGGAAGAAAGACGUGGAGGAAACAAGCAGUCCAGCGUGAGGUUGCCAAACUGCCAGGCCUUGCAGCGUGGACACCCUGCUCCCUGCAGCUGUGCAACAAAUCUGCGUCCUGCGAGGAGCCGGGGACCGCGGGCAGGCAGGUCCCAUUGCUUCUCGCUGGCCAGUCCCUGGGGGAGGGGGGGAAUUGAGGGGCCGUGGGGGGGGUCUCUGUAUGAUGCGCCGGCUCCCUGGUGAACCCCUCUGUCUGCCAGCGCUGCUCCAUGUCCCGCCUCGCCCCCGCGCUGCUGCUGCCGCCAACGGAGCAGCGCGUCCCCGCCGUGCUGUGGCCCUGCUUGGCACCUCUGUGUAGUAGCUUGUGAGCACUGGUCUGACUCGGUCACCCUCAUAAAUACUGGUUCUG